CUCUUCUCUCUGCAUGCCCUUUAACCUUCCUGCCUUGGUAUAUAUAUAGUCUGUGUGACUGUCAGAGUUCUCCUGGCAGCCAUCAUGAAGGGUACAGUCUUGAUCUGCUGUUUCCUCUCCCUGCUGCUUUUGCAGGCCACAGCAGAAGAAGAAGUCGAAGAUGUCACCUCCGUCCUCAGAGACAGAUCUCACAUCGACGAGACGCUGCGACUUGCUACUGAGGAAAAAGCAGGAGAUUAUGCAGCGGCUCUGGAGAGGUUGCGGAAGAUCUACCACACGUCCAUCAAGCCGAUGGAGCAGGCCUACAAAUACAAUGAGCUGAGGCAGCACGAGAUCUCAGCCUACCCCGGACGAACCCUGGGGGACUCAGCCACAGAUGGAGAGAUUACUUCAAAGCCCAUGGUGCUGUUCCUGGGACCCUGGAGUGUAGGAAAGUCCUCCAUGAUCAAUUACCUCCUGGGCAUGCACGACAGCCCCUAUCAGCUCUACACAGGAGCUGAGCCUACUACCUCUGAGUUCACUGUAAUUAUGCACGGGGAGAAAAUCCGCUCUGUUGAGGGUAUUGUUAUGGCAGCAGACAGCUCUCGUUCCUUCUCUCCCCUGGAGAAGUUUGGCCAAAACUUCUUAGAAAAGCUGAUCGGUAUUGAGAUGCCCCACAAGCUGCUGGAACGUGUGACUUUUGUGGAUACACCAGGAAUCAUUGAGAACAGGAAGCAGCAGGAGAGAGGCUAUCCUUUCAAUGACGUUUGCCAGUGGUUCAUUGACCGUGCUGACCUGAUCUUCGUGGUGUUUGACCCCACCAAACUAGACGUUGGCCUGGAGCUGGAGAUGCUCUUCCGGCAGUUGAAGGGUCGUGAAUCCCAGAUCCGCAUCAUCCUAAACAAGGCUGACAACCUAGUCACCCAGGACUUAAUGAGAGUCUACGGCGCGCUCUUUUGGAGCUUAGCUCCCCUCAUCAAUGUGACCGAACCACCCCGCGUUUACGUCAGCUCCUUCUGGCCAUAUGACUACGCACCUGACACAAGCCGUGAGCUCUUCAAGCGAGAGGAGAUCUCCCUCCUGGAAGAUCUGAACCAGGUGAUUGAAAACCGCAUGGAAAACAAAAUUGCCUUCAUCCGCCAACAUGGCAUCCGUGUGCGCAUCCAUGGCCUGCUGGUAGACCGCUACGUCCAGACCUUUAAAGAGAAGAUGAGCUUCUUCAGUGACCCUGAACUAGUCUUCAAGGAGAUUGUGGACGACCCAGACAAGUUCUAUAUUUUCAAAUCCAUCCUAGCCAAGACCAACGUCAGCAAGUUUGACCUGCCCAACCGUGAUGCUUACCGUGACUUCUUUGGCAUCAAUCCGGUCACCAACUUCAAGCCCCUGACGGCUCAGUGCUCCUACAUGGGAGGCUGUCUGCUGGAUAAGAUUGAGAGGGCAAUCACCAAUGAGCUGCCUGCCCUUCUGAGCAGCAUUAACUCUGGCAAGCAGCCUGGCCUGUCCUCCUGCGAGGCUACUGGCUGUGGUGAGAAGCCAAAGAAUCGCUAUCGGAAGAACUGAGGAAAACAAAAUAACUUGAGUGGGGGAAGUAAGAAGAGAAGGGGUCUGGUGGAAGCCAACCCUGCUUUUGUCAGAAUGCCUGUAUUGUUGAGGAGACAGAAGAGGGGAGAUUAGUGUUUGUUUUUUUCCUCAGGAGAACAUGGGGAGGUGCAUUUAGGGACUGUGAGAAUGAGGCAGAUAGAGGGGGGGAAGGGUCAUUGUUUGAUAAGGCAGCUUAAGAACACAAGUGCUGAAGAAAUGAGAACAUGCCACUGAUCACUGAGUUUUGUUUUACACACCCUCCUCUCUCCCUUGCACAAUCACAGUGGACUGUCUAGAAUUUGGGGGUUGGGGAAGUGAUGAUGUGAAGAAACACAGAAAUGAAAAAAAGUAAUAUCAAAUAAAAAAUUGAAAAUCCUGAGACUGAAAACAAUCAAAUACCAGCUCCCUUGUAUGUGAAUAAAACGGGAAAAGUGGAAACAGGAGUUGCAAAUUUGUGUUGUAAAAUCUUGAGAAUUGCAUUGCAGAAAGUCAAUUCCAUAAGCUUCAGAAGCUGUUUUUGAAGUAGCCAUUUUGUGGGUGCUAUGCAAAGCCUUUGUGUUUGGGUAACCAUCCAAACCUUUGCUUUUAACAUAUAGAUUAACAUUAACAUUGCAUGUUAGACGUCACAUCUUCUUUAACAGAUGCAUGCAUUUCCUUCUAACAAAGUUUAAGUAAUAUUUCCUCAUGUAACUGAAACCUGAACCAACCCUGUCAUGCAACAAAUACGGCCUUUUUUCUUUGUUUUGUAUGCUCAUCAGUCCUGGUUGUUGACAAUCUGUGAAAUGAGCACUGUGAUGGAAGCUGAGGUCAGGGUUCAAGGGUCAGAGUCUUCAGAGUGCGGUGGGUAUGUUAAUUCUGCUUCACUUCUUAAUUGAUCUUACUGUUUCUGUUUCUGCGUCUAUAAAUUUGCCAGUCUUUGGCAGAAAUUCAA